UCUUAUGCUCCAAACAAUACAGUUCCCAGCACUUGGAUCCAAUUUGGACGCCAGCUUGGCCGACGUUUAUUGAAAUACAUUCUCGCUGAAAAAGAUGCAGAAAACGGGAGAAAUUAUUUAUAAGAUCAUGGACAUUUAUUCAACAUCGGGAAAAAUUCAGUCUGAGUUGGAGCAGUUUUCAAUAGAAAUUCUACUAAGACGGAUACCCAAAUCUAUUUUUGGACUUUUUACAAUAGACAGUUCCCAUGUUGCCACGAUUGUGCGAUCAACAAUAACAUAUGUAAUUAUUCUUGUACAGUUUAAUUAUAACCUUCAUACCCAAUAUGAUGAGGAUAUUUUUCCAGACAAGUAUCAUUUAUAAUGUACUCAAUUCUCUGAUGACGAGGUUGUACUUCAAAACACAAAGUCAAGAGAUGAUUAAUGCUUUUUCAGCGCAUAUUUUUUUUCAUUCGAUUGGAUAAUUAUUUUCAAUAAAAAAUGUUCACAUCAGUUGUUAUUUAAAAAUUUGACAAAAU